CUGGGAACAAAAGGCGGGAAGCGCCUGAAGAAAAUUCAGGUUCAGCCGUCUAGGUUUAGGCUCAGUCUGGGCCCGUGGCCUUUGGGUUCCUCUUAGAGCCCCUCUUUUAUGGUGGGGUUUUUUUUCUCUCCACGAGACACUGACACAUAAGUGAUGUUAUUGUUUUUACAAGACUGGUAUCGUCUUAAAUCUCAGAGGUAAGGCUACAUGAAACACAGUCAGCUCCAGCUGUUGUCGCAGGCGUGCGACUGCCGCACAGGGUCUGUCGUGUGCUCGUGAAGGCUUUGUCAAGCUCACCUUCAUUUCAGCGGGUGCAAAAUGUUGACGAUUUUGGCCUCAUGCGAAUGCCAUUGGACCCCUAGGAGUCACCUAUUGCUGGCACUCCCUUGUAGUACACAGUUUGCCCUGUUUUCAGCUUGUCUCUUGCUUUCAAUCUGCAGUCCAUCUUACUACUGUUACCUACGGCUAAAGCUCAGGGCAGCGAGAUGCAAGGAGCUGGAAUCGCAGAGGGUGAUUAGAAUGGCCCUCUUUUACCUUCCUGAUUAAACUUUCUAAAAGUAGACUUCCUGAAGGUAAUUACUUUUGAAUAGUUAGGUUCCAAGUUUUCAGAGCCACUCUCUGUGAUUGUUUCCAGAUCUCCAAUAAAAACACAAAGAAGAAACUGUGUGGAGGGUCCUUCCAGCAAACACGGAGUGUACUGCUGUAGGAGGCAUUGGACACUUUUUCACCAUGUUGACGGCAUUUUAAAUAUAUUGUCUAUUUCCCCAAAUUUUAACUGAAGAAAACUGGAAGCGUUUAUACCCGAGGACUGAAGUGUGACUGCCAGUUAUCAGGCUUUCAGGAUGAAUCUGGAAAAACUCAGCAAGCCUGAACUCCUAACACUGUUCAGUAUUCUUGAAGGAGAGCUCGAAGCCAGGGAUCUUGUUAUAGAAGCUCUAAAGGCCCAACACAGAGAUACGUUCAUCGAAGAACGCUAUGGGAAAUACAACAUCAGCGAUCCCCUGAUGGCGCUGCAGAGAGACUUUGAAACGCUGAAGGAAAAGCAGGAAGGCGAAAAGCAGCCAGUGUGCGCCAGCCCCCUGUCCAUCCUCAGGGCGGUGAUGAAGCAGUGCAGGAACAUGCAGGAGCGGAUGCUGUCCCAGCUGGCUGCCGCCGAGAGCAGGCAUCGCAAGGUGAUCCUCGACCUUGAGGAGGAGAGGCAGAGGCAUGCCCAGGACACUGCAGAAGGCGACGAUGUCACCUACAUGCUGGAGAAGGAGAGAGAGAGGCUGACCCAGCAGUUGGAAUUUGAAAAGUCCCAAGUGAGGAAGUUUGAGAAGGAGCAGAAGAAGCUGUCAGGCCAGCUGGAAGAGGAGCGUGCCCGCCACAAGCAGCUCUCGUCCAUGCUGGUGCUCGAGUGCAAGAAGGCCAGCAGCAAGGCGGCCGAGGAGGGCCAGAGGGCGGGCGAGCUGAGCCUGAAGCUGGAAAAGGAGAAGGGCCGGGUGAGUGAGCUGGAGGAAGAGCUGGCGGCCGAGAGGAAGCGAGGCCUGCAGACUGAGGCCCAGGUGGAGAAGCAGUUGUCUGAGUUUGACAUCGAGAGAGAGCAACUGAGAGCAAAACUGAACCGAGAAGAGAAUCGAACCAAAACUCUGAAAGAAGAGAUGGAAAGUCUGAAGAAGAUUGUGAGGGAUCUAGAAGCUUCUCACCAGCAUAGGAGCCCUAAUGAGCAAUCAAAGAAGCCAGUGACCACGUCUAAAGGCACAGGGACUGAGCCUCCCAGGCUCAUGUCUGUUUUCUGCCAAACGGAGAGUUUUCAGGCAGAAAGAACCCAUGGGAGCGGUGUAGCCAAGAUGACAGCCACUGGGCUGCCCGGCCCCACCACUCCUACUUACUGUUAUGCAAAAGCCAAUGGUCAUUUUGACCCAGAGGUGCCAGCCACCAAGGAAUCAGUUCUAGGCAGCAGUGUGGAAAACCAGGCGCCUCCUCGAGAGAAGUCUGUGGGCAUGGCCCACGAGAAAGCCGUGGAGAAUGGUGGGUGUGCCGGGGGAGGCGAGAGUCCUGUCCCAGGGCCGAGUCAGCUCCCGUCCAGCGGGAGCUCGCUGUCCCCCAGCAGCACUGCGUCGUCCUCUCUCACGUCCUCCCCUUGCUCCUCACCAGUGCUGACUAAGCGCCUGCUGGGGGCCUCGGCCAGCAGCCCCGGCUACCAGUCAUCCUACCAAGUAGGGAUCAACCAGCGGUUCCAUGCAGCUCGGCACAAGUUUCAGUCCCAAGCGGAUCAGGACCAACAAGCCAGUGGGCUGCAGAGCCCUCCAUCCAGGGAUCUGUCCCCCACCCUCAUAGACAACUCGGCCGCCAAGCAGCUGGCCCGAAACACGGUCACGCAGGUGCUCUCCAGAUUCACCAGCCAGCAGGGGCCCAUCAAGCCCGUCUCACCCAACAGCUCUCCCUUCGGCACAGACUAUCGAAACUUGGCCAACACUGCCAACCCAAGGGGUGACACCAGCCAUUCACCUACUCCAGGGAAAGUGUCCAGUCCUCUAAGUCCCCUGUCUCCAGGGAUCAAGUCCCCUACCAUCCCCAGAGCCGAGAGAGGAAACCCUCCACCCAUCCCACCCAAAAAACCUGGCCUCACUCCUUCCCCAUCCACUACUACUCCACUGACCAAAACUCAUUCCCAGGCGUCCUCUGUGACCGCCACAGAAGACCUUGCGAGCAGCUGCUCUUCCAAUGCCGUUGUGGCCAACGGCAAGGAUGUGGAGAUACUUCUGCCAACCAGCAGCUAGUCCCUGGGGCGGGGGUCUCCACAUGUGACAUUCCAGCAGGUUUUGUCCAAGAGCCGGAGUCAGACCGUUGAGUCAGAUCAUAUUAUUUAUUUUGACAGUAGCUGAAACCAUCUGUAUAAUACAUUUAGUGUAUUCCACCUUUUUGUAUUUUUUUAAGUAGAAACUGAGUAGUUGGGUUUUUAUGACACCUCUUUGUACUAGAAAGCUAGAAGGACACCUCAGAGACAUCUCAAGCUCGGCAGUCACCAUCGAGCUGUGAUGGAGGGAGCUAACUGAGUACCAGGUGGUGACUCGCUGUCUAUUUUGGGACUAGAAUCACUCUCAUUUUGAAUUAUGCAGAAGUGGUUCCUGCAGAUUUUCAUUCCAGAUGAACAUGUUUUAAAAGUGCCUGACAGAAGACCGCCCAAUGAAUGUGAGUCUGCAGCAGAAACACAAAACGGCUCGUUUAAUUGCAGAAAAUGAGACGGAUCCUCUGUGAAUUCUGAAUGUCAAAAAACGAGCACUGCUUUAAUCCUCUCUCGCUGUUUUUAAUCCUAAAGCUGCAUAAGUAGCGUGGGGAUCCUAAAGGUGGGUGUGAGCUCGCCACCAAUCAGAGCUGCUUAGAGCCCGUGAGAAGCCCUCCUGAGCAUUAAGUAGCUGGGGUGCUGAUUUUCUUGUACUCUUGAAAAAUUAAGGCGCCCCCAGUUUCCUGCAUAAAUUCCUGAAUAGGAUGAAGUCACAUCUCCAUUCAGAAAGUGUCUUCAGGCAUCUACUGUUGAGUAAGGAGCUUCUGGUUCCGACUGCUGUUACUUGAAUAGGAGCUGGUUACUCGUCCUGUGUAAAAGUUUUGCAACAGGAUGAGAUCUUUAUUCUGUAAUCAAAAAGCAAUAACUUAAAAUCCACUCUUUUAAUAUGAGUCAGAAUUAUAGGUUUGACCAAAUUGUCACACGUAUUCUCCAGGCUACCAGCACUUGGUGUCUGUAUCUGUGGAACCAAAUUAACUUUUGCCUAAAUGGAAGUAUUCAUAUCCCUGUAUAGAUUCACACUCCUUUACAUGUUUAACAUACACACAUUUAAACACAACUAUUAAUGUGAUUAUAUCUUUGGAGUUUGCAUAUAGCAUAAAGGAUGAGUAAGAAAUGCAUGUUAAGAUUACCUACCAAAGCAACUAGAUGGGUUGGAACCCAGUCAGUCAAAGGAGCAAUUGUGUCACAAGGGUGUGGGGGAAAUUCCAAAUGAAGUCAGGUCCUCAGAUUCAUGAAAAGGCAGAGCCAAACUAACCCCAGUGUCACAAAACUCAACUGGCCCCGUAAAUGGGUGAGACGGGUCACUCAGUCCCGUGGUAUAAGACAGCUGGGAGUGGUAGGAGGCAUAGCAAACUGGAGUGCCCAAGCCCCAUUUAAAGGCCUGUCCACUCCUGUUCAGUCCAGCUAAAUGCUGGGACAGGGUUACCAGCUCCUCAACUUUUUAUAAAAGCCAAAUUUUCAUGAGAAACAUUCUCAUUUUUAAAUAUCAAGAACUGAUUCAAGAAAAGUUUAAACACUGCUAGUUAAACACUUCUGCAGCUGGACUUAGUCCAUGAGCUUCUGAGUUGCAAUCUCUUUUGUUAGAAACAUGUCACUUUCAUCAUGGCAAAUUUGUGAGGACAAAAGCCUCCAGACUUUCCCACCUGUACAGCAAAGUCCGUAGAGUAUAAUGACCAUCUCCCUCUCCCAGACGACUGCCCAUAACCCGUCUCUGGUGUGGUGAUAGGAUUUUGUGUCCACGGGGAUGGACGUCACAUACACGGUGUCCAGGGAUGGUGUCCUCAUGCAUUCUCGUAGCCAACAUCUACCCAGCAGCCCCUGACCUCCUGCUGUCAUUUAAGCCUAUUUCCUCUUAAUCCCAUGAGUUGAUGGGCAGGUGAUGGAAAUUAAUGUAGAACUCACUGAGGAGCAUAUUGGUGUCUCCACAGCUUAUGGUUUGAUUAAAACCAAUACUCAAAAAUUAAAAGCUAUUAAUGCUCCAGGGAGUCUACCAGUGAUGAAGGGAGUAUCUUAAACUGCCCAAAGCAAUCAUGCACUGAGCUUUAUUCCCACGCUUAGCCAAAUGAUGGUGUUGAUGAUAAAAUAGCUGAACUUUCUAAAUAGAGGGGCUAGAGUCCCAGAGUGUUAUUACCUCUUGCUUUAAAUGGUAAUCUUAAAGGUUGCAUUGUGCUCUUCCUUUGUCUUGGCAUAGAUAUAUAUAGAGAGAGAUUAUGAGGAAGUUUAUUUCUUAGGAAGUGCACUGAAUAAUGUAUUUCUUUUACAGUGUAAUAUGGGGGUGGGGAAAUGAAAAAGAAAUGUGUAUUUUUGCUAGUUGCCUAUCUUCUGAGAUAAAUAAGCACAAUACUGCGAUGGAUCCAGUAAUCCAGUUAGGUGUUAUAGAUUAGUAUUUAAGUUUGCCGUAGGUUGUGUGUGCUGAGUAAAAGUUCCAUGAUUCACAGUUUUGGUAUUUAACCCAUGUUGCAAAAGCUACAUUUACUGGUCAAUUAUAACAAUGUGCAGCACAUAGCACAGGCAUUAAGUAGCCAUUAACAUUUGUAAAGCAAAUGCACCAUGUACAAGUCUUCAUCCAUUUUUAUAGCAGACUGCAUUAAAACAAGUUAAAUCAUA